CACGUGGUAAGUCUGACAAACGCAAGCCUGAUCAUGAGUAAUAUGUGUUAUAUAUAUAAUAUAUUAAGCUGCAGUAUGGUGUUUCAUAACUUUUUGGAAAACGUUUGGAAAAGUUCGCCUAGGACUUUGUUUAUGACGUGUGUAGUCAGCAAGAAAAUGCAAAUUGUGAAUGGCUUCAGCCUACAAUAAAAACGGACAACAGCAGAAGGCAGAUACAGUUAAACCUACACCAAUUUCACUUGGAAUCAGUACACUCAAGCCCAAGUUUCAACAGUAUGCUCUGCCGUCCAAAAGACAUGAGUCGUUUACGGAGGCAACAGUGCCGUGGCCUGAAACGUCGCCCGUCAAAGUUGAGGACUUGGUGGCCGCCGGACUCGUUUAUACAGGUGUUGGCGAUAGUGUGCGAUGCUACCAUUGCGGUGGUGGUCUCCGGAACUGGGAGUCGGGAGACGAUCCAAUGGAACAGCACGCCAAGUGGUACCCUACCUGCCAGCACGUCCUCAUUACCAAGGGAAAAAACUACAUCCAUAGUGUUGAAGCGGGCGAAAAUCCCGACAGAAUGCCGAAAAGAUCAAAGGUUAAACAAGCAUCAGCGGAAGUUUCAGCAUCUCAACAACAACAAGAAGAAGCUAUGCAAGCUGCCGCUGAGUUCGGCUAUUCAAAAGAACACAUUUACACUGCGGCCUGUGUAUUUCGAAAACGACAUGGAGCCUCUUCCCAGUUUAAAGGAGCUGAUUUGGUGACCAUCUUGAUGGAGAUGGAAGACGACCCUGAACUUGCUUUGAAUGCCAAUGUUUCUGAUUCAUCUUCAUCAAAUACAUCAGAAAAACAUCUCGAAAAAGAAGGUGACGACAACCUUCAAAGUCUAUUGGAAGAGAAUCAAAAACUCAAAGAAUCCCAGAACUGUAAAAUUUGCCUGGACAAUCGCGCGGACGUUAUCUUUCUCCCGUGUGGUCACAUUGUCAGCUGUCCCCAGUGUUCCCCCGCCCUUGACCUCUGUCCAGUCUGCCGCAAGUCAAUCAUGGGCCUUGUCAAGGCUCGGUUUGCCCUCACUGAACAAAGUGCAUAUAAUGAGUUGGAUGACGAGUAGUUUAGGUCGUCCGAAUUUUUAUACUUGGUAGGAAUAUGACACUGGCUGAUUGUAAUGUAGAAAUAGCAGCGAGAAAGUGUUUCGGUGCGCAUUUCAAGUGUAUCAUUUAAAUAUUUGGAACUGGUAAGCGUUAUUGUUUCGUCUUCAGUGCUUUCACUGCAAUUUCCAUUGCACUAUUUAUUCACACUGGAUUGCGAAGCCAUUGAAAUGCUUACGUGAAUCCAUCACGUGUUAAAUCACAGCAUUGUUUGAUAACUGGCUACUUCUUUUUUGUUACAACAUAACUGUACAUUAAGCAAUGUUUUAACAUGUUUCACACCAAGAUCAAUGUCACUGUGUCUUAAAGGGAGCUAUGUGUUGUUUGCUAUACAGAGUGGUCCACCCAUUGCUUAAAGCAGUUCAAAACACUAAACAAGAUCCCAAAAUGAUGAUGUGUGUACUCGACAAUGACACUCAUGCUUAUUGGACAGUCGUGAUUAAGACAUAAAUCUCAAUGUUAACUGAACAUUUUUAAGAAGAGGUGCGGAAUAAAAAACAGAGGAUUGAACGUUAUUCGAAUUAUGUUAGUAAAGUAAAUGCAAAACAAACAUAACCAUUAUGAAGGUAUAGUAAAUAAAAUCAAACACUGAAUUCGCUUAUUAAUGACUUUUUGUUUAGAAGCUGAAAUAUUUUAUCUACCUAAAUAGUCUUUCGUUACAAAGGUGCUAGCAUAGAGCGUUUAUUUGUAUUUUUUGAAAUACUGUAUUCACGUGUACGUUUAUUGUGUUUUUCUACGAAGCUGGUCUUCAUGAUUAAAACAAAUUAAAUCAGUAUUAAUAUUGUAUACUAGUAUUCAAAUUGACAUGUUUUCGGGACAGUUUCUUUGUUAUUUUACUUGCGAACUGUGUUUACAUUACUUGUGAUAAACUAUAAUAAUUGUGUCGAACAGUCAUUGUUAUAAGGGUUUUGUUUUGAACCCCCACAGUUUGUGUUCAAAACAUUGUGUUAUUUUUAAUAUUAAUAAUAUAUCAAGACAGCAAGGAAAUUUGUACAGGGGACCUAUUCAUGUACGAUCUUAACCCGUGUUGUUGAAAUGUUAGAACAUCAUUGAAGUCUAUGUUAGUUUCUAUAUCAUUUAUUGAACUUACGUAAAACAGUUUUUAUUAUGUUAAUUGAUUUUUUUUCUUUUUCGAUUGUUUUCACAUACAUAGUGAUUAAUGAAGCGCAUUGAUAAUAAUUGUUAUUCUUGUUGUUCUCUCAUAUUUUAUAUUUAUUUUGUACUUUUUCAUCAAUAGUAUUAUUACACUUGAGUAACGUUUAUAAUGCAUGCAACAUUCACUGUUCAAUGAAUGUAAAAAAAGAUGAAAACGUGUCCUACCUUGUGUUCUUUGUUUGUUUCAUACUACCUUUGAAUUUCUUUACAAUCAAAAAUAUAUUUUACGAAUGCUCAAAGUAUUUACAUUUUGUCUUAGCUCUAAGCUGGAGUUUACCAUGCAGCUUGUGAUUAUACAUACAUUUAUAUUAUACAUACCAAUAUAUAUCUAUAUACCAUAUGUAUCUACGUAACGCUAUGUAACGCUACGGUAACUCUGUGAUACUUAUUAAAGGUAUUUUGUAUGCUUUUUCAUGCUAAACGAUGAACUAUUGAUUGAUGGAAUUCUAAAGAUCAGUUGUGAAACUAGUCUUCCGAUUGUUGAUAUGUUUAUGUAGAAAUACGUUUUGUAUUUGUUACAAUAAUAUUGAUACAUUCUCACCAACUGGUUUGUCUAAGGAAAUGUUAUUUAUUCUUAUCAUAAUUACAUUGCACAUAGUACUGGUCAUUUCAUGUUUGUAUAAUUUAUUGAAUGACGAAGAGCUGUCAAAUACAUGUUCUGUUCUGUCCCGUUUUGUUAUUUUUUGCUGUAAACAUUUCUGUUAUUGUUCAAUAUGCUGUCGUUAUUUAUUAUGUCAGUUUAAUAUAUGAAACAGCUUAUCAAAUCUACCUCAAACGAAUUUAUUUCGUCAAUAAUGUCUUUCAAUUGUUUGAAAUUACCGAAAAUGCAUGUUUUAUAAAUAUCUAUAAACUUCCAUUCCUCUGUUAAAUUAAAAUGAUGUAGAUGCCAUUGCAUGAAAGCGUAUGUUGUAUACCCUCCAUAAAACUACGAAUAAAGUUCAGAAAAUGAA